AUGCUGGGUCUAAGCUACUUCCAGGGCUUCUGUCUGCUCUUUUUCUAUCGGUACUUCCGGCUCAUCGUCAACCUGUGGUCUUUCUGGACCUUCAAGCCAAUCCCGAUCCCCGACAACCCUACUCUGACCAACAAAGAUGUCACAGUCAUUCUACCAUCACUCGAUGGCGAAGGAGAAGAGUUGGAGCGAACCAUCAAAUCAAUCUUAGCCAAUGAGCCAUUCGAGUUGAUCGUGGUCACGGUGGAUGACAACUUGGAGAAGGCACAGAAGACCAUUGCGAAGACACCUGCGGGACAGCAGGGUCGUCUGCGAUGUAUGUCGAUCAAGCAAGCCAACAAGCGACGUCAGAUGGCCCGAGCUAUCCCAGAAGUCAAGACUGAGAUCGUCGUCUUUGCUGAUGAUGAUGUGGAUUGGCCUGCUAAAUUGCUGCAAUGGAUCCUCGCCCCAUUCGAGAGCAAGAUCUACGGCGGUGUGGUGACCUGUCAGCGCUUGAGAAGAGCCGAGAACCCGUCCUUCACUCAGCGCAUCUAUGGCUUCCUCGGUGCCUGUACCUCGAACGCCGCAACUUCGAUUGUGCUGCAACAUGCCACAUGGAUGGCGGAAUGGCUUGAUCACAAGUUUACCGAUGGCUUCACUACCGAAAGCUGGUUCUUCGGACGCUACCAGCUCAACGCUGACGACGAUAAUUUCAUCACACGCUGGCUCGUCAACCACAAGCACGAGGUUUACAUGCAGUAUCACCCUGAGUGCGAGGUCAAGACCACCUUGGAAGACAACUCGAAAUUCAUCAACCAAUGCCUUCGCUGGGCACGCAGCAACUGGCGCAGCAACUGUACCAGUCUGUUCGUUGAGCGCAAUAUCUGGUAUCAGCAGCCAUGGAGCACGUAUGCGGUCCAGCUUACCACAGUCACUCAACUUGCUGCCCUUGGUGAUGUCGGUCUUUGGUUCUUGCUCUACAAAGGUGUCGCCGAUUGGCCUGAGGCUCGUGCCCAUCAAGCGUAUUGGCUAUUGGGCAGUUGGAUGAUCUUCUCCAAGUUCAUCAAGCUGAUCACGCACUUCGUUCGCUAUCCCGUCGACAUCAUGUUGUGGCCAGUAUCAGUCUUGUUCGGUUGGCUGCACGGCAUCAUCAAGAUCUACGCACUGCUCACUCUCAACGAGACGACAUGGGGCAGCAGAGCAGGUGCAGAUGCCGACAACAAGGAUCGCAUGAUUCGCGGCAAUCGAACACCCUUCCGACCGGAGUACCAAUACUUCUACGAGGAUAACAACGAGAAGAUCCCGCUCCGCGAGGACAUGAUUUCCUACGAGACACGACUCUCCGCUGUGGCUGCUUGA